AUAAAAUAUUCGUUCCUGAACUUGAUUCACCCUGUAUUUGCCGGUCGAGAAAAUUUUUAAAUAAAUCAUCCACGAAUUCAAUCAAUAUGGCAUAAAUACCCUGAUGGGGAAAGUUUUCUCCCCGCUAUACACUGAGUCUUCUUAAUAUUUAAUUAAAUCCAUAAUAGAUAAAUAAACUCGUUCCGUGCCGUCCAAUCGACUUUUCCCAUUGGACAGUUUUAGUUUUCUGUGUGAAGAGUUGAAAAACUUAUAUUUUUAAGGUAAGUAACAAUAAUUUAAUCAAAAAAUUAGAUUAAGAACUUAAACAGAAUUGGCACAGACAAUAUUCUUUUAUAGAAUUUUAUAUAAUUCAGUCGUUUUAAAUAGAAAAUACCCUUCAGAAAAUAGAUCCUUCGAACAAGAUUACAGCGAAAAUGCAUCUGUGAAAUGGAAAACUAUUUAGUAGAAAGAUUAAACUUUAAAAACAAAGAAAAUCAAUUAUUGAUUUAAAACUUUAAGUUCUAUUUUUAGAUGGCAAGUAAAAUUAAGGAAUUUUACGAAAAUAAAAAUGUCCUGCUUACCGGAGGAACUGGAUAUUUAGGAAAAUUGAUAAUCGAAAAAUUACUCAGGACUACAAACGUUAAAACUAUUUUCCUCAUAGUAAGAUCGAAGCAGGAUAUUGCAUUUCACAAACGAAUCUCGAAAAUGUUUGAAGAACAAGUGAGGAUUUUUGAUUGCAAGCAUAAUUUCUUUAAAAAAAUCAUUUUAUAGGUUUUUUGUCGUAUACCUGAAGCAAAAUUUUCGGAAAAGCUACACCCAAUUGAAGGAAAUCUACAAAAAAAGCACCUAGGAAUUUCACAAGAAGAUCAAAUCCUGAUCCAACAAAACGUCAAUAUAGUAUUUCAUUGUGGCGCUUCCCUAAACAUGGAUUCCAACCUGGUCGAAGCCGUUAUGACGAACAUAAACGGCACGGCAGCAAUUCUGGAUUUAAUGAAAGGAGCCGAAUCAAUGGAUGCUUUUGUACUAGUCUCGACUGCAUACUCCAACUGUUUGAACAAUGUAGUCGACGAAAUAUUUUACGAACCGCCAAUUGAUCCGAAAUUGUUAAUUAGAAUUGUCGAGGAUAUGAAACCGGAUCUAUUGAAUAUUAUGAGCAACGGGAUUAUUGGAAAGUGGCCAAACACUUACACCUUUACUAAGGCCGUGUCCGAGCAUCUUUUAAUUAGCGAGGGACGCAACAUGCCAGUGGCACUUUUUCGACCAACGAUUGUGACUUCCACUGUGUCCGAUCCCGUUCCAGGUUGGUCGGACAAUCUGUACGGUCCCCUCGGGAUCCUUUUAUCCUCGAACUGCGGAAUCCUGCGUGUAAUUCGAGGAAACGGCAGGAUAAAAGCGGACACGGUUCCAGGCGAUCUGGUUAUCAGCGGCCUGCUGUGCUACGCUUGGGAAGUGGCCACUCAAUGGUCUAAUAAUCCAGUCAACUACAAGCCACUUGUAAUGAACUUUUCCGGCAACUCUAGUUCAUUGUAUAUGUCAAUAAAGGACUAUACAUCUUUGGCAGCAAAUUCCGGCUAUUUGGCAUUCAAAAAAACUAUCUGGAAACCUAUGCUUAUCAUUAUCGAAAGCGAAAUUAAAUUUUUGGUAUUAAAAUGCCUACUUCACACGUUACCCGCUUACCUUUUCGAUUUGAUGUUCAUGAUUAUUGGACGAAAGCCAAAAUUGAGUAUAGUCUACAAGAAAUUGGAUAAGGUAAUGGGGGUAUUACAUUACUUUCUAGUACGCGAGUGGAUCAUAAAGAACGAGAACGUAAAAGCCUUAUGGGAAAAACUUACUCCGAACGAUAGAAUUACUUAUAACUUCGACGUAAGAAGCGUCCAAGCUGAAACUUACUUAAGAAGUCUUAUGGACGGCUUAAAGAAGUACACUCUGAAAGAAGACAUGUCGAAAGCUGAGUCUCACAAAGCUAGAUACGAACGAUUGCUGGUUCUUCAUAAAACAUUGAAAUACAUUUGCCUAUUUUUCAUCAGUUAUCCAUUCAUCAGACGGCUAGCGAGUUUACUUCAAAACAUCUUAUCUAAAAUUAAAUUGAAUUUUCAUUUAUGAUAAUUUAAUUUUGUAAUAUAAUGAAAGAUAAAAAACUAAGGUUUGUAUUUCUAGUACCGUAAUAUUUCAGGAACAAAAUGCGAUAAGCCCGUUAUAAGGACAGGGUGAGGUGGCGUGUGUAUCAUUUCGCUAUAGAAUUUAUAGUUCCUUCUUGGAAACCGUGCUGAGGGAAAAAUGGGUUGAAAAUUGUAGUUUAUGCUUUCUCAAAGGCGUAAAAUACAACUACGGAUUUGGCUAUCGUUAGGUCGCAGUUACACAAUGCCUGAGGUUUAUAAAAGAUGAAGUUUUGUACAUGUAGGUAAUGUACGAAAUAUUAUGAAAAUAUUGAACGCAAAACAAUAAAGGUAAGUAGACGUUUAUCACCUCAGUGAUUUAAAAACAUUUUAACUCACUCUCGGCAUUUUAAGUCACUCUGCCUAACUAAACAUCUGACAACUCAGUGAUUUAAAAUAUUUUUAACUCACUCUCGGCAUUUUUCCUUGUGCUUUAUUUUUUUAAUCUCCACAAAAUGGGAUAAAAUUUUAUAUACAUCACGUGAGUUGAAAUGUUCAUUCAUUCGAAGAAAAUUAACCCACUCGCUAG